GAAGAGGGGAGGAGAAAAGCGAGAGGAAGGCAGGCUGACAGAGAGAGAGAGAGGGAAGGAGAAAGAAGAGGAGGAGGGAAGGGAGCGGGCCAUGGCAGCGGUGCGGGCGGCGGCGGCUGGGCUGGAGGCGGCGAUCUGCUUGGGGAUGUCCAAAGGGAGCUGGCACUCGCCCCCGGGGGCGCCUCGGUAGCCCGGGCUGGGGCCAGAAGGAGCCGGAGGAGAGGAGGAAGAGGAGGAGGAGGGGGAGAAGGAGGAGGAUGCCGGGCAAGAAGCCCCCCGAAGGGGACCCGCCGGGCCCCGAAGCCAAGCGGCCGGGCGGUGCCUGGUGCUUCACCAAUAUCCAGAUCUUCCUGGUCUCGGAAUGCGCCUUGAUGCUGGCCCAAGGCACGGUGGGCGCUUACCUGGUGAGCGUCCUGACCACCUUGGAGCGACGGUUCAACCUCCAGAGCGCCGACGUGGGCGUCAUCGCUAGCAGCUUCGAGAUUGGGAACCUGGCCCUCAUCCUCUUUGUGAGCUACUUCGGUGCCCGGGGUCACAGGCCGCGUCUGAUCGGAUGCGGAGGGAUCGUGAUGGCAUUGGGGGCCCUCCUUUCUGCGCUACCCGAGUUCCUGACCCACCAGUACGAAUAUGAGUCUGGGGAGAUCCGUUGGGGGGCUGAAGGCAGGGACGUGUGUGUGAUCAAUGGGUCCACCCGCGAAGAGGGACCAGACCCGGAUCUUAUCUGCAGGAACCGGACUGCCACCAACAUGAUGUAUUUGCUUCUCAUCGGGGCACAAGUUCUCCUCGGCAUUGGGGCUACACCCGUACAACCUUUGGGAGUUUCCUACAUCGAUGACCACGUGAGACGGAAGGAUUCCUCCCUGUAUAUAGGGAUCUUGUUUACAAUGCUGGUGUUUGGGCCAGCCUGUGGAUUUAUCUUGGGCUCAUUCUGUACCAAAAUCUAUGUGGAUGCCAUCUUCAUUGACACAAGUAAGCUGGACAUCACCCCUGAUGACCCAAGGUGGAUUGGCGCAUGGUGGGCAGGCUUCUUGCUCUGUGGUGCCUUACUUUUCUUUUCGUCUCUCCCGAUGUUUGGAUUCCCACAGUCCCUGACCCACCAUCCAGAGCAGACGGCAGAGGCUGAGCAGGCCAUGCUUCCCGAGCGGGACUACGAGAGGCCGCCAAAGCCCAGCAACGGGGUCCUCCCGGGAAACAACGCCGCCGCCGUGGAAGCGGGAGAGAGCCCCUCCUGCCUCCAGCAGCUGAGAGUGAUCCCUAAAGUAACUAAGCACUUGCUCUCCAACCCGGUCUUCACCUGCAUCGUCCUGGCUGCUUGCAUGGAGAUAGCAGUGGUUGCUGGCUUUGCGGCCUUCCUGGGGAAGUAUCUGGAGCAGCAGUUCAAUCUCACAACGUCCUCGGCCAACCAGUUAUUGGGCAUGACCGCUAUUCCCUGUGCCUGCCUGGGCAUUUUCCUGGGGGGCCUCUUGGUCAAGAAGCUGAGCCUCUCUGCUCUUGGGGCCACGCGCAUGGCCAUGAUGGUCAACCUGGUGUCCACAGCGUGCUAUGUCUCUUUCCUCUUCCUGGGCUGCGACACGGGCCCCGUGGCAGGCGUUACUGUUCCCUAUGGAAACAAAUCAGUACUGUCAUCCAAUCUGGCCCCGUAUUCUGCCUGCAAUAACAACUGUAAAUGCCAAACGGAUUCCUUCACUCCGGUCUGUGGGGCAGACGGGAUCACAUACUUAUCGGCCUGCUUUGCUGGAUGCACAAGCACGAAUCUCACUGGCUGCGCAUGCCUCAGUUCGGUCCCGGCCGAGAAUGCCACGGUCGUUCCCGGGAAGUGCCCCAGCCCCGGAUGCCAAGAAGCCUUCCUGACAUUCCUUUGCGUGAUGUGCGUCUGCAGCAUGAUUGGAGCCAUGGCCCAGACGCCCUCCGUCAUCAUUCUCAUCAGAACAGUGAGCCCAGAGCUGAAGUCUUACGCCUUGGGAGUUCUCUUCCUCCUUCUCCGUUUAUUAGGUUUUAUCCCUCCUCCUCUCAUCUUUGGAGCCGGGAUUGACUCCACUUGCCUGUUUUGGAGCACGUUCUGCGGAGAGCAAGGAGCGUGUGCCCUGUAUGACAACGUUGUGUACCGGUACUUGUACGUCAGCAUUGCUAUUACCCUGAAGUCCCUGGCCUUCAUCUUGUACACCACCACCUGGCAGUGCUUGAGGAAGAACUAUAAGAAAUACAUCAAGAACCACGAAGGUGGCCUCAGCACCAGCGAGUUCUUUGCCUCCACCUUGACCCUGGACAACCUCGGACGGGACCCCAUUGGCUCCAGCCCGUCUCAUAGGACAAAAUUUAUCUACAACCUCGAAGACCACGAAUGGUGCGAAAACAUGGAGUCUGUUUUGUAGUUACUGCAAGGGUGGAUGGCUAACCCAAAGGUUCUUUUUAAAACAGAUAUUUUAUAUAUAUAUAUAUAUAUAUAUAUAUAUAUAUAUAUAUAUAUAUAUAUAUGAAAGAGAGAGAGAAAUGUAAUAUAUAUAUACACUGACAUUUUUGGAAAGUACAAGCAAAACAGCAGACACAGUUGUUUCUCAGAAACGACCAAAUUUGUCCCUUUGCUAGGGAUAGAGGGGAAACCUUUGUCCUUUGCUCUCUUGGGGAGAUCUAGAAAGAUUUGGAAGAUGUAAAUGAUUGUUUUGAGACCUGGCAUGAGAAAUAGAGGUCCAACAUGUGCCGGAUGGGUUAGCCAGUAGAGAGAUAGAUCCAGCAUGGGCUUAAGGAGUGGAACAGCUGUCUCUCCUUGGAUCUAAAGGCAAAACAACCCAAAUGCAAAGAGAAGGAGCAGAAGGAAGCCACGGAGUGGUUUCCCAAAUAAGGGCCCUUUGGAACCAUUGGGUGCAGCCUUUGCAAUACAAGCUAAAAGGAUGUAAACAUGGGUGCUAUUCAGUCCCAGCAUUUUUCAGUAUCCUCUCUACCAUAUCAAAGGGGUAACCUGGGGAGGGAAAUCCUUCAGCCAAUUCAACUGUAUCAUCACCAGCUCAAUGCCAGAAGAUGAAGCUAGGCAGCUCCAUCACAUUACUGCUCUUAAAGCACCAGCAUCAGUUCCAUUUUUUGGUAUAGAAACUGGGAGUGGGAUUUAAAACAGGGAGGGAAGUAUCGGAUGAUCUUUGCACCAAUUACUACGAGGUAUGUAAACCUUUUGAAAUGUAGUAGAAGCGGGUCUAAGAUGAAGGGAGAUGUAGCACUUCAGAUGUGGAAGAGGGGUGGUUGAACCAUCAGCCUUCCUAUCUAAUGUAAGCUUUGCUAUUUACUCUGAAUUCUCAGUCCAGUUCGGACCAGGAAAAUGUUGGGUUGGGGGAAGAGAAGGGCACCUAUUCCCAAAGCAAAUGUUCAGCUUUUUAUUAUAUACAGUAGAGUCUCACUUAUCCAAGCUAAACGGGCCGGCAGAAGCUUGGAUAAGCAAAUAUAUUGGAUAAUAAGGAGGGAUUAAGGAAAAGCCUAUUAAACAUCAAAUUAUGUUAUUAUUAUUAUUAUUAUUAUUAUUAUAUAAUAAUAAUGAUAAUAAUAAUAAUAAUAAUAAUAAUAAUAAUAAUAAUAAUAAUAAUUUUAAAAAAAUUUAUUUAUACCCCGCCACCAUCUCCCCAUGGGGACUCGGGGCGGCUCACAUGGGGCAAGGCCCAACUAGCACAAUUUACAAAACAACAGCAUAAAUACAUUAAACAAUAUACAAAAAAUAGUAAAACACAGUAAGACAAUAAAACAAGAGUUAAUACAGCAGUAAAUCAAUCAACCACCAAGUACAAUUCAGUCGACUUCAUUGGUGGGGGGGGGGGGGGCUGCAGCAGCAAUAUAAAAUAACAUCAUCACUUAAAAUACCAGAGUAAAAGGGACCUAAUAAAAUUCAGGAUAGAGUUAUGAUUUUACAAAUUAAGCACCGAAACAUCAUGUUAUACAACAAAUUUGACAGAAAAAGUAGUUCAAUACGCAGUAAUCUUAUGUUGUAACUACUGUAUUUAUGAAUUUAGCACCAAAAGAUCACGAUAUAUUGAAAACAUUGACUACAAAAAUGGCUUGGAUAAUCCAGAGGCUUGGAUGAGCGAGGCUUGGAUAAGUGAGAUUCUACUGUACUAGCUUGGGUACCCAGCGAUGCCCGGGUUGUUUGAAAAACGCCUUGUUUGUUUUUGAAUGUUAGGUAAUAUUAGUUUGGUCAUAUGUUAAUGCUAUUUCUCAAAAACAAAAACUCAAAGUCUUUCCUGUAUGCAGAGUGGGCCAUGUUGGGUCUGUGUGCCAAGUUUGGUCCAGAUCAGCCAUCGGCUGGGUUCAGUGCUCUCUGGAUAAGGGUGAAGUACAACUCCCAUAUGCCAAGGGAAUCACCCCAAACCCUGCCAGUAUGCACAGUUGGCCAUGUUGGGUCUGUGUGACAAGUUAGUUCCAGGUCCAUCGUUGGUGGGGUUCUUAGAUUGAGGGGGAACUAUACAUCCCAGUCCCUACAACUUUUAUAAAUCAUGGUGAAUUCUCCCCAAACCUCUCUCUGUAGUAUAUUCAGUUGCUGUGUGCUAUCGAAAAGAAUAGGAAAGGGUUCAGGGAGAGUCAGUGGGCAGGGUCAUGCAAAUUCCACACCAAUGGAGAGAGUAAGAAACACUGGGAGGUGUCUUUGGUGAAGGAAACACAUAAAAUCUAUGUUGAAAUUGUCAUCGAAUUAAAGCAUUCCUUAAGUGAUGGGCUGUAGUGUUUAGAGGAGGACAUUGGCAGGGUUUGGGCUACAUGUUCUUGGCGCUCACUUUAACCUGCAAUGUCCUUGAAGGGCUUUGGUGGCUCCUCAGCACUGUGGGUUAAAGCUGUUUGUGGAGGCCGGAGGCUGUCUGUGUGAGUGGACACCCUUGCCACAUAUACACAUUUUCACUUUUUAUUAUGUGUGUAGAUUUAUGGCAUUCAAAAGAAAACUGAGUGAGACAUGAAUGUAUACAUGUGCUAUUUUUCAAAGAAAGACUUCUAUAAGACAGCACUUGGGAUGGGAAGCAUCGUAUUGGAUGUGGGGGGACGUUUGUGGGGACAUCGGACAAUGCAAGAUGCCCAUCCCUCUUCCCAGGUGGCCAUCUUGGCCAUUCUUUUGGGUUGGGAAAUGAAAUCCAAACUUUUUUUGGGGGGAGAGGUGCUUGAGAUACUGAGAUAUAUACCAGCUUUCUAUUUCGUUCUAAACUUUGAAUAAGUUAUCACCCAACACAGGAGCAAAAGAGGUAUCCUCCGAGAGUGCUUGCAGUGGAGCAAUCUCUGCCAUUUUUGGUUGACGGCUUUGUCCAAAGAUGGUCCCAUUUAUUCAGAGAAGAUCAACUCUAGCAUCCGCAAACACAUUGGCCCCUCUGUCUGUAGUAUCAGUCGUGGUUCUGACGAUUGCAAGCUCUGGAAUGGUAGGGAUGUCCCAUUUUUGCCCCAUGGCAAAGCUUGGAAAGCUAACCAAAGGACACCCCAAAAUCACUUCUUUCAUUACCACCGAAACCCAGCAGCAGUUAUCCAUUUUGAGGCCACCUUCCAAAUUUGUUAGGCAACCCCAAUAGCUCUUUGUGGUAUCGAUAAAGGAGUGACGCUGGAGCAUUUCCAGGUCCCAGGCAAUGAUUUUUGCUGGCUCAUUUUGGGCGCGCAAAAAUGAGAAGGGCAACAUGGCCCAUGGACUCCAUGUUGUCCAUUGCUGUCCUUUGCGGUGGUCUUCCUUUGCCACUGACUUCCCAUGAAAUGCACAACACAUAUGUUACAUUUCACCCCCUGUUCACCGUCAAAUCAUACUAUAAACAUAAUCACUCUCACAUGUUAUCCCUUUCCAAAUCUGGGUGCUUCUUCUUCCACAUUAUUUGCAAUAGAGGAGUGAUCAGGUUUCAGGCAGGUCUGAAUUAGAUACAGUCCUUCUUCCAUAUUCAUGGAUUCUGUAUCUGUGGAUCUUGCCAUCCAUCAUUCAAAACCUCCUCCCCACAAAAAAUCUGAAAAUCAAACCUUGAUUUUGUCAUUUUGUACAAAAGGCGCUAUUUACUCUGCCAAUAUAUAUCAUGGGACCGGAAUAUCAAUAUUGGUAUUCACAGGGCGUCCUGAAGCCAAACACUAAAGAAUACCAAAAACUCACUAUAUCAUAGUAAAACCGGUGGAGAAUGUUAACUCUAAUAGUCCAAAAUUAUUACUGAUAGAGGGUUUGGUGCUGUCCAUGGUUUCAGGCAUCCACAAAAGGUCUUGGAACAAACUUCCUGCAGAUAACGGGGGCAUUACUUGCAACACCCUUCGGCAUAGAUGCGCUUUCUACGGUUCCACUUACCCAGAGUCCAAAAAAUAAAUAGUCCCCUUGGAAGUCUUUGUGGGAUGCUCUAGGUCCUCCAGUGUGAUUCUGUGGUAUGCUUCUGACCCACAUAUAGUCAAAAUAUAGGGUUUGCUAUAACUUGUAGUAUCAUGGGGAGUCUUGCAAUGCAGCCCCUUCGGAAACAAGGGCCAUACUGUAUUAUUUGGAAAUAAUAGCAUGGUUUAUCCCUGCUUUGCCUUUGCAAAGGGUCCGCAGUUUUUAUGUCCCUUGCAUUGACCACACAGGGUUCAUCCACACUAUCAAAUAAAUGUAGUUUGACAUCCCUUGAAUUGUCUGACUCCGUGAGAUGGGAUCUCUGUGGUUUGUUGUUUGGUGACAUCCUAGCAGUUCUAGUAAAGAAGGCUAAAGACCUCAUAAAACGACAACUCCCAGGAUUCUAUAGCCCUGAGCCCUGGAAGUUCAAGUGGUGUCAAACUGCAUUCAUUGUACAGUGUAGAUGCACCCACAGAAGGUGGAAGAUGAAUGUCCUUUCCCAAGAAAGAGGAACAAUGCUGCCUUGUUUUGCAUUCUGUCAAGGCCAUUAUUUUCAGAGGGGACACAAAAUUUGGAUCCUAUUGCUUCCCGAAAUAUUUGUGCACCUUUGACAAUUGUCCUUUCAAGUCAUAGCUCUUCUUCAUACCUUGUUUUCAAUUGCCUUGAAGUCAACUUUGGCUUCUGUUGACCCUACCCUUACCCUGAGGUGUUCCUCUUGCCCUUCUCUAAGGCUGAGAAGACAUUCCACUUCAAAGGUUUGGGCUUUGAGGAGAUUAUCUACGGACACUUCCAUUUCUGAUUUUUUUCAUUCUUGGGGUUUUUUUUUUCCUUCAGGGUGGGAUGGGGAGCAAGAUUGGUUCCAAAACAAGAACCCAAUCCUCCUCUCCUUCUGACCGAAGGGGAGACAAACGGGAAAAGAGAAAGAUAGGCGGCGCUCAGUAUAUUUUGAGCACUGCCUUCUGUAUUUUUGCAAGCUUAUAUUUUGCAGAGGAGUUUAGAAAAAAAUAUAUGUGAUGACGUGAAAUAUAAUGUACUGUAAGUUUGCUGUAAAUGAUAUUAAAAGCACUAUUUUCAUUCA